AUUUCUCACAAUAAAACAAACCAACAAAACUUUUUUUUUCCAAAUGGACACACAAUGGAGAGACAAAAAGCUAUAUCCAGCACUAGGCAUUUUCACCAUUUUGUUCCUUUUAUACUUGAACUUCAAAGACAACCUUAAUUUCUCUUUCCCACAAAUCUUUGUAAAACAACCUUACAUGGGUUUUGUUGGUGUUAAUAAAACUAGAUUUUACAUCAAGAAUGAUGAUCAAAAGACUCAAGAUUUACAUUUUCAAGAACUGUAUAUUAAUGGGUGGAAUUCUUAUUGGUUAAUGGAAGAAAGUGUUUGGGAAUAUUCAAGAUUUAGGGUGUCUAAGAUGUUGAAAAAAGGAAGUGAAAUGGGGUUGAGUGUUUGUAGGACUUGGGGUUUUAGUGAUGGUGGUGGACCUAAUGAUCUUCAGCUACUUCCUGGUGUAUUCAAUGAAAGAGUCUUUAAGG